UUAUAGUUUGCUGCACGGCCACAACAAGGAGAGAGCAAAUAUACAGACGCGGCGAAAGCAUGGAAGACAUAUAUAGCACAUCUGCAAGUGAACAUUCAGAUCUAAGGAUUGUGCUGUUGGGUAAAACCGGAUCAGGAAAGAGUUCAACAGGAAACACCAUCAUUGGCAACACUGAGUUUGAGAGUGGUAUGUCCCCUAAGUCUAUUACUAGAUGUUGUCAAAAACAUCUGACAACAGUGGAGGGCAGAAACAUCAAGGUGAUCGACACUCCAGGACUGUUUGAUACGUCCCUGAGUGAAGAACAGCUGAAAACUGAAAUAGUAAAGUGUGUCUACAUGUCUGCUCCUGGUCCUCAUGCAUUUCUGCUGGUCAUGAGACUGGACAUGAGAUACACAAAGGAGGAGAAAAACACAGUGAAAUGGAUUCAGGAGAACUUUGGAGAAGAAGCUACCCGAUACAUAAUCAUUCUGUUCACUAGAGGAGAUCAGCUGGAGGGAAACACAUUAGAUGAUUAUAUCAGUGAAGAUAAUGAUCUCAAGGCUCUUGUUAAUGAGUGUGGUGGCAGAUUUCAUUCAUUCAAUAAUAAAGACAUGGAGAACCGUUCUCAGGUCACUGAAUUGCUGGAGAAGAUUGAGAAGAUGGUGGAAGAGAAUGGAGGACAGCACUACACUAAUGAGAUGUAUAGAAAAGCCCAGAAAGAAAUCGAAUGGGAGGCUUGGAAACAAAGAGCUAAAGAUUAUGGAAAAACAGUACUAUCAGUAGGAGGAGGAGCAGUACUAGGAGGAGCAGGAGUAGCAGUAGCAGGACGAGCAGCAACGGCAGCAGUAGCAAUAGCAGGACGAGCAGCAACAGCACUAGCAGGAGCAGUAAUAGGGGGAGCAAAACUAUUGUUUAGACUGUAGCACACAGUUACUCUAAUUAAAUGACAAAAAAAAGAAAAUAAAUAUUCUUUGAUGGCUUUGUGGGCAGCACAUCACAUGACACAGUUGUGCUACUUGAGUUUGAGUCCUUGUUAGUGGUCCUUUGCCAGUUUUGUCCUUUUCUCUCCUGCUUCGCUUCCUGUCAAAUCUCUAUGCCUUCCUGUUCAAAUAAAUGGCACAAAUAUUAAUAUGCUGUUUCUAAAUGUAUAAUCAGGUUUUUGCAGGCACACGCAGAUUUAAUAGAGGGACUGAGUUGUUUGUAAAACUUUUACAAGAAUUGUAUUAAAUGUUUUAAUAAUUUAAUACAUUUGUAUUAACAUUUCUUUUUUUGUCAUUAUACUAAAGUUUAUUUGUCAUUUGUUAUAUUUCUUUUUGUUUCCUUUUCUAAUAUGCUACAACUACAACACUUGCUUAGUUCUGGUUCCUCCUUAAUGAGCUACUCAUUGACCUGUAUACACCCUCUGUUAAAUACCCAAUCACUGCGGCCAUAUACUAAUGGAUCCUGAUUUAUAAAUGCCUGCAUUGAUGCACAAUAGACUGAGAAACUAUGUUGUAGUCGGAGUUAAGAUGUGUUUUCAUAAGCAAUGUAAGGUUUUGUUUGUUUAUAUUGGAUAUCUUUGACUGUGUAAUCUCAAGUAUGGUUUAUUUUGAUUCAAUUGUUUGUGUUUCUGUUCUUGUUUAGAAAAUACAUAUUCACAUGAUAUACUUCAUGUUCAUCUUUGCGCUACCUGCUUCAGUGGAUAAAUAA